CAAAUGUGAACCAGAGGCCGACAGCUGCAGUUGGAGGGUCCUGCCAAGGUCUCCGAGAUGCCCCUGAACAGUCAUGGUGGCACUCUGUUCUUGACUCUCGUGUAUAGGAGGGCGAGAUUCCGUUGCAUCAAGUCUCUCCCUGGUGAUCUUGGGAAGAAUCAAAACUCUCGAUGAAAUUUCAUCUGCUAUAUACUGCACAGCCAAGUAGUGUGCGUUCAAGUAUUUGUACUACGCCGCUAGAACAUCUUUCAGAGCUUUCGCUACCUUUAUAAGACCGAUUUUGAAUCUGAGGCUCGCCGACAUGUUCCAGCGCCAUGCAUCGAUUUCCCUCCUUGAACACCAGCGUCGUGUUUCGGACGCCAUCUUGGAGUCGUGAAGAUGGGAGCCCGAAGAGUGCGUCCAGUCCAAUCAUCCGCUGGAACCCACGUAACGAGGUCUUUCGACGCUUCUCCGAUGACGCAACGGAAGAAGAGGGUGGGAUUGACCAAACGACUUUCGAAAAAGCCGAAGUGGCAUACAAAAACGCUGUCAAGUCACUCCAGGCUCAUCUCAAUAAAGAUGAAGUUGCGACAGUACUACAGAAAGGCACCGUUGGCAAGCAGAGUGAUCCCAAAGCAGAACUUCAUCAGAUUUCUUGGGAUAUACAACGGACCAAAGAGGCAAAUCUGGGGGAGGGAAAGACUAAGAAACUGAUCGAGUGCUUGGAUCACUACCAGGGAGUAUUUGACAUUCUGUCGCAGGCGGAGUUCUCAGGUCUACCAUUGAUCUGGGGUGGUCUGAAGUUUGUACUCCUGGUGACGAAGAAUAAUUCCAAUGUGCUCUCCAAAGUAAUCGACGUGAUGAUAGACAUUGGGCGGGAUCUGGAAAGAAUACGAGGGUACACUGCGCUGUAUCCAACUCCGCGAAUGCUCGAGUUCUCGGCCGAACUUUAUGCAGCGAUAGUUGAAUUUCUGGAGAAGGUAAUCAAAGACGCGAAGAAUGCAGAGAAGAGUAUCCUAAAGCGUGCGAUGACGACUUUUCUGCAGCCCUUUGAGGUCCGAUAUGGAGAACUUGUAGCCAAGAUGAAAAAAACGCAAAGACACAUCCGCGAGGACGCAGAGCUAUGCUUCCAUGUCAGGCAGGCAAUGGUAAAUCACGCGAUAGACAGAUACCGGACAGCACUACCGCUUCAGAGGCACACGAUGCACCAAGCUUUCAAAUCCGUCGCCAAGAACCCUACAGCAGACCUAUUCAAAGCGAUACGGAAGAAUUUGUUCAAGAACUUCGAAGUCCAGGCCGGAUUCCACCAAGAGUUGCAAGCCACGUACGAGGUCACCACAUCAAAAGCGUGGAUCGAGUGGUUUAAAAUGGAGCAGAAAUACGUUCCCUCAGGAUACUCUCACGAGACAAAAGUGAUACAGGCAGAGUGCGACGCCCCGGAUCCGCAGUAUGCCCUGGUCUGGAAGAAGCAGCAGCAGCAGCGCAAGUUCGCUUCGCACAUACUAGUCCAAAAGACGGAGGUCAUAAUAGACGCCCGGAUUGAUUUGGAGCAGUUCAGAGAGGCUAACAACAAUGUGGCGUCUCUCUGGAAAUUCUUCCUCUACCUUACUAAAGUCCUCGGAGGUUGCAUGAUUUAUAUCACCAUCGGAUCCGUCGGCGAACAGGAGUUUGCCAUCGUCGGCAAGUUCGUACGUAUGGCGAAGAGCUGGAAGGGACCGCCUGUCAAUGUGACACUCAUUCAUCCGUUCAACGACAACUUUGCAAGGACAGAUGAUGUCGUGAACCUUGAUGACAAGUACGAUGUUCAUCCACGACUUACGACGACGGACGCGAUACACCAUGUGCUACUAUUGGAAACGAACUCCCAAAGGAAGAUCUCGGACACUAUCCGAAGUCUUUUAUGGGAGACCGUCUGGCGGGAGGUGCGAUACGCCGUCAUUGGCAUUGCCCUCACACAAGCCGGCCAAGAAACGCCAGUGAGAUGGCAAUCGUCUUUGUCAGAUGCGGAUUUCAAAAUAUGGAUCGCUGUGGUAGGAAAGUGGACAGCAGCCACCUGGUCGAUGAAUAGCAUGCGGGAGCAGAUCCAGCGGCACAUUGACAUUGUCGACAUUCAUCUUCCAUCCGACAGAAAGAAGCGGUUGGAGUGUAAGUUGGCAUUGCUGGUGUUUGAGCAAGAUGAGGAGCUCGGCUCGCAACUAACGUUCGCGCAACGGGAGGCAAUAUGGGUAGACGUUCAGGAGGCCAUCAAGCCGGGAACGGCUAAGAUGUUUUGUGGAAAAACUUAUCGUAAUGAAGGUUCCAGUGGUGAGGGAAGCUUAAAAGGCCUGUCUUUCCCUCUUGUUGACGCGUAUUUUGGUAAGGGCGGGCGAUGGAGGGAUUCGUUCUCUGAGAAUCAGGACUUGGUCGCUGACGGGAUGAAGAAUGCCAUUGAACUAGGGUUCGCGGGUCUGAUUCAAGCGCUGGCAUUGCAAGAGAUGGAAGAAUAA